AUCCUAAAAAGAAGUAAGCAGACUGAAGGCUUAAUUUUGUGCACUUUUGGCAUAAUCACUAUUACUCUGCUCGGCCAAAGAUUUACCAUACUUCAUUAAAAGUUACUCCUUUUCCACGUUGAAGGCUGCCGUCAUUAUGUAUGAAAAUCAAGGGCGCGGUUCCGUUCUUCUUGUUUGUUUUCUUGCUAAUACCACAUGACAUCUUUUUGUUUCUGGAGGGGUACUUCCGUCGUGACGAGAAUCAUGUGUGCCUUAAUCUGAUUCUUCAUAGUUCUCGGUUAUUACGAAGCCGCCUUUAUGAGUUUGGGAGUAGGCUCAAUGAGUGGGCGUCUUUCCCUGGAAACAUGCGAGUAUAUUCGGAAUCGAAAUCCGAAGAUGUUUGCAUUCCCUUGUGUUUGGCGAUCGACUACAUCAUGUCUUUAUACCUGAAAUUUGGAACGGAAGCUUCUAUCCUUUGAAGGCAUUCUCGGUCCGCGAAGCCUUACUUUCCGCGGAAUUACUCAAGUCUUCUCAUCUUACCAAGCAAAUCUUAGUCAGAGCUAAUCUUCGAGCAGCGGCGAAGCGACCAUCAUAUCGCUGAUGUUUGAA